CUAAAGAGCCUAUCAGUAUUUCGCACACAGGCGUCCGACCAAGACUAUAUGAUACGAAUCGAAUGCAAUUUCAUCGAGUUUCAUCGAACAGAAUUCAAUCGAAUUUACUAUGCUCGACUCCACCCAACCGGACCCCACCAUGGCGACAUCCCCACGGCUCCCGGUCCUCAUCGCGGGGGCGGGUCCCUGCGGCCUCGUCGCCGCCACCACCCUCAAGAAGGAGGGGAUCCCCUUUGUGAUCCUCGAAAAGGUCUCCCGCCAGAGAAUCUGCUCCAACGCCGGGAGCGGCUUCGAGCUGGCCCCGACCGCGGUGGCCAUCCUGGAGGAGGGCCUUUGCCUGGACCUGGAGAAGACACGCCUCGUCUCGCGCUACAGGGGCAUGUGCCUGGCCACCAUGGAGGGAAGGCCCCUGCGGACCGACCGCCUCGGCGAGGGCUACGUGGGCGGGUCCCUCAACCGGGCCGAGCUGCAGAGGUUCCUCCUGGGGGUCCUCUUUUCCUCGCCGAAGGACGAGGAGGGCGUCCUGGUGUGCGGGUCCGGUGUGGAGUCCUACCGCGAGACCAAAAACCGCACCGUGGUGGUCGAGCUGGCCUCCGGAAAAGAGUUCGAGGGGUGCGCCCUGCUGGCCUGCGACGGGAUCCGCUCCAGGUGCCGGGACCGGAUGAUGGGGGACCUCUCCAGAGAGGAUUCCCUGCACUACUGCAAGGCGGUUUGCUACUGGGGCAAGACCCUCGCCCGAGAGGGAACGGCCCUCGAGAAGGAGUUCCUUUCCCUCCAGUCGGAAGCGCCGAGGACCAAGAAAGCCAAAGCGAGAACGAAAACGAAAACGGAGACGCAAACACUCUCGGCGAAAGCCCACGCCCAAGAGGAGCCGGGCUUGGCGUUGGCGCUGGAGGACCACCGCCGAAGCUCCUUCGUCCUGUCCCUGGCCACGCCGAGGGUCCCGGCCGUCCUCUUUGUCAUCCCCUCCCAGCACACAGAGGGGGGGGAAACGACAUCGACAUCGAACACGAAAUCGAAGACGGCGCUGAUGCUCAACUGGGGCAUCACGGUGGCGUCCAAGAACGAGCCGGCCGCCAGGGGCGACUCCACCCGCCGCGGCGGGGGCGUCCUGUCGGAGGACGAAAAGAAGCAGCUCCUCUCCCUCGGGGGCAAGAAGGAAACCCCCAAGAAGCGGUGGGGCGGGGCAACGAAAACGAAAGCGAAAACGACAAACCGGAGCCUCCUGGCCAACAUCGAGGACUUUCCGCUCCUGGAGGAGCUCCUGGCGGCGACGCCGGCCAAGGACAUUACCGAGGCCGGCUUUUACGACCGAAAAGACCUGGACCUUCCCUACACCAGCGAGGGAAAGCUCGUCGCUCUGCUCGGAGGUACGCAAUGGAACGGAACGGAAUACAAUGGAACGGAAUACAAUGAAACGCGAUGCGAUGCGAUGGCACGAGUUGCGAUGUGAUUUUGUUGAAAACCUUUCUGCCGACAUUUUUGUGGAUUUUGCUGCUCUGUUUCGGUUGCCACGCACCCCCUCACCCACCCACGCUUGCUUUCUUGCUCGUUAUUUCUCGUUUGCACCGAAACAAACCAAACCAAACCAAACCAAACCACUCGAUCCGCCAUCCAUCCAUCCACUCCAGACGCCGCCCACCCCCAGACACCCUACCUCGGCCAGGGGGUCAACAUGGCGAUCACCGACGCGUACAUCUACUCGAGCGCCAUUGCGGACGCCCUCCAAAAGAGCCGGAACAAAAGCAGCACCACCACCACCACCGAAACCGAGGCCGCAAGCGUUGCGGACGCGAUCCGCUGGUGCGAUCCGGACUUUCGCCGCAGGGACAACAAGUCCGCCGUCCGGUGGGCCCGCUUUUUGUGCGACUUUUCCAGUUCCUCGAACCGCAUCGUCUGCUGGCUCUUCCACGCCUACUGCAAGCACAUCGUGUCCCCGGAGGAAUUCCUAAGCACCAUCGAGAAAACCGACCGGAGCAACGCACGGUACUGGAAGUACUUUGUCGAGCGGUACGGGACCAGAUUCUUUUCUGGCAUCAAAAACCCUGACCAGAAAAAAAUCGCCAACGGAGAAAUCAAACCCCUGCGUGAGGAAGCCGAGUGCUGAACCAAGCCUAGCGACUUGUAUUCGAUUGAUGCGUUCGGCUGGCCACCACGAUUGGUAUCCCUGUGGUUGAAGACCAAGACAUUUAGUGUCUCGACAUCAAUCAUGGGACUGCAGUGUCCUCGUGUAUGAAUAGACGAAUACAGUAGUA